AUGGAAUUGCCCAAGGAGUGCCGAGCGCACGCGACAGCUACCGACGAGGACAAGGGAGCGGUCAAUGAGCUUCUCGUACGCUUCUCCUCCCUUACCAGAUUGGUACGCAUCACCGCAUUCUGCCGUGGCUGCGGAUCGCGCAGACAGGACUUUGCGGGAGAGCUGAAAUCCCUCUUCCGCAAUGCGCCCUUCCCGCGCCGAUCACCUCUCCUGACGCUGAGACCCAUUCUAGGACCGGAUGGACUGAUACGGGUCGGGAGGCGACUUGAGCACUCGCCCCUAACCUAUAGCGAGAAGCACCCGAUCAUAUUGGCCAAGGGCAGCCAUUUAGCGCUUCUGCUGGUCCGAGACGCGCAUCAGCGCACUCUUCAUGGCGGCUAUCAGUUGACUCAAAGCGUUCUGGCACGGACGUACUGGAUCAUUCACGCCAGCUCACUAAUCCGCUCCGAGAUUCAUCGCUGCGUCCGAUGCGUCCGCUUCGGAGGCGGAGCGCUACAGCAGCAGAUAGGUCAGCUUCCGGCUAAUCGCGUCCGGGCGGGACGUCCGUUCCUAUCCGCCGGCGUGGACUACGCAGGCCCCAUCCAACUCCAAGCCUCGAAGGGUCGAGAUCAUAAAUCAUUCAAAGGAUACAUCUGUCUAUUCGUAUGCCUGUCCACGAAGGCCGUGCAGUUGGAGGCCGUAUCAGGCCUCACCACGAAAGCCUUUCUGGCGGCAUUCCGGCGCUUCGUUGCAAGGCGAGACCACUUCGCGCGUCUGAUCAGCGAUCACGGAAUCAACUUUCGAGGCGUCGAUCGGGAACUCCGCAGGAUGUUUCGCGCCGCAGCGGAAUUCAGCCAGGAGUGUCGAGCUUUCCUUGCCACCGAUGGGGUCGAGUGGAACUUCAUUCCCCUCGCGGUUCCGCAUUUCAAGGGACUAUGGGAAGCAGGUGUCAAAUCGACCAAGUACCACCUACGAAGGGUUCUGGGAGAUCAGCUUUUCACUUACGAGAAACUAUUGACGCUACUCUGCCAGAUCGAAGCCUGCCUCAACUCGAGGCCACUCUACCCACUGAGCGCGGAUUCGACGGAUUUUGCGGCGCUCACCCCCGGUCACUUUUUAAUCGGGGAAGCCCCGAAUAAUGUGCCAGAGCCAUCAACCUUGGAGGAUCCGCCGAAUUAG